AUGGGUCGUACCGGUGCCAAGAUUAAGAAGGGCGGGCUGGGCAACGCCCUGCUGCGCACGCAAAAGAAGACAUCACCCAUCAACACGAAGGAUGUGGCCUCCAGUGCCGGUAAGCACGUGUCCGAGCGCGAUGGUGGUGACGCGUCGGUGGCUCUUGCCUCGUACCUGGAAGGGUCCUCUCUGGACGACUUUCUGGCUAGCGCUGUGCUGGCCAACCGUGAGUUUACCGCUGUGAAGGAGAGUAUCAUGCUGAUGGAAGAGGCGGACGCCGGUCCGCAGGUGGUCGAGAAGGACAAGAAUGUGAUGCCGGAGAUGACGUUCGCAGAGAUGAAAGUGCCGCGUCGACCCCAAUGGGACAAAUCGAUGACAGCCGAGGAACUUAACAGAAUGGAGAAGGAGAGCUUCCUCGAGUGGCGUCGUGACAUUGCCAUACUGGAGGCCUCGUCCGACCACCUCGAGGUAACCCCGUUCGAGAAGAACCUGGAGGUGUGGCGUCAGCUGUGGCAUGUCCGUGAACGAAGUGACAUCAUGGUGCAGAUUGUCGACGCUCGCAACCCGCUGUUCUAUCGCUCCACAGACCUGGACGCGUAUGCGAAGGAAGGUGAGACGCCCCGUCGUACUCUUUUGGUCGUCAACAAGUCUGAUUUCCUGGAUGAACGCCAAAGAACGGCGUGGGGAGAUCAUUUUAAGAAGGAAAAUAUCAACUUCGUGUUCUUCUCGGCCAAAGAGGCUCAGGACGAAAUCGACGAGGAGGCGAAAAAGUUGCGUCAGGAGCAGCGAAACGCCGAGAGUCACGACCAGUACAAUGAAGUGAAGCCGGCUGACGCACCACAAGUUGUUGAAGCAGAAGCAGUGGAUGCUACAGAGGAUUCCAGCCCGUACUCGGUGCUCUCUCGUGUCGAACUGCUGGAUUAUGUGACUAAGAUCGCCACGGAGGUGCUGGAUGAGGUGGGAGUGCGAGUGAAGGAUAAGGGGCUGAUCAAGUUCGGUAUGGUGGGCUUCCCUAACGUUGGCAAAAGCUCCGUGAUCAAUGCUCUGCUUGGUGCUUCAACUUACUCACACAAGACCCAGCGUGUUGCUGUCGGUGCUACUCCUGGCAAGACCAAGCACUUCCAGACAAUGAUCCUGUCCGACAAAAUAAUGCUGUGCGAUUGCCCUGGUCUCGUGUUCCCGAGCUUUGUUAAUUCGAAGGCUGAGAUGUACUGCUGCGGUGUGCUCCCUCUCUCGCAGUUGCGUGAUCACGUUUCCCCGUGCCAGCUCCUGUGCCACCGCAUCCCGAGGCGGGUGUUUGAGCGAACUUACGGAAUCAAGAUCCCCAUCUCCAAGACGGCGAAGGAAACGGAUUCUGUCGGCAUUUACGCACUCCUUGAGUCGUACGCACGUAAUCGCGGCUACACGACGACUGGCAAGGGAGGGCCCGACACCUCACGCGCAGCACGCGACAUCUUACGGCAUUACGUGAAUGGGCGACUGUUGUACUGCCACCCUCCGCCGGAUGUCUCGGACUCCACCAUCUUCGACAUCCAUGAUCUUGCUAAGGCUCAAUUCCCCGAUCUCGACGAUUCCAUCGUCCUUCACACCACUGAAAAUGAAAUCAGCGAGGAGGUCACUUCGCCGCCGGAGCCGAAUGUGGAUAAGAAUCUGGACUUUGACACAACUGUGGAAGACAAGCGCGCUGUGAGCAAACGGUUGAAGAAACAUGGCCGAAAGGGACGUAAGGGACGCGAUAAGAAUCCAUAUGAAGACUCGGAUUUCCCUGGUGGUGCUGCUGGUGUCCGCAUCAACUCAGGUGGCAAGAAGAAGAACCGCAGGCCAUAA